UUCUGUGAACCCUACACCUUUUCCCCGACAUUUGCAAUCGACCCCAAACCCACUCCAUAGAGAAAAGCAGAUCAAAAUGGAAGGAAAUGAGAGCACAAUCAACGAAGCCGGCAACAUCGACGCCGGCGACAAAACUGGAUGUCUGGAUAUUCAUUCAUCCAAUGAUGACAAUCCGAAUGAUAAAAGCUUAGGGGAAGAAAGUGACAUUGUGCCCGUCGUUGGAAUGAAGUUUAAAGAUGAAAAUGAGAUUUUUGAAUUUUACAAAAAUUACGCUUAUCGAGUCGGUUUUCCCGUAAGAAAAAGAAAUUCGAAGAAGGGUGAUGACGGGGUUCUACGUUAUGUAACUUUUACGUGUAGUCGAGAAGGCCAUCGAAUCAGUGCUUCAAGUUCUUCUCUAAAGCCUCGACCAACCAUCCAAACUGGGUGUAAAGCGAGAUUGGCAGCAAGUUCAGAAAUUUGUGGAACGUGGCGUAUUAACAGUGUCCAUCUCGAGCACAACCACAAAAUAAGCCCAUCCAAAUCUAGACUAUAUCGAUGCAAUCGCCAAAUUAGUGCACGCACGAAAAGACGGCUUGAAAUAAAUGACACUGCUGGUAUUCAAUCACACAAAAGUAAGGCUGGUAGAUCUGAAAAGAAGGUAUGCGUUGAAAAGGAUAGUGGAAAUUUCAUUGACAAAGUGCGGCAGUUAAAACUUGGUGAAGGAGACACUAUUGCAUUACAAGCAUAUUUUUCGAAGAUGCAAACAAGUAGUCCUGGUUUCUAUUUUAGUAUAGACUUGGAUGAAGAGGCCCGAUUGAGGAACGUGUUUUGGGCAGAUAACAGGUGUAGACAAGCGUAUAAGGAAUUUGGUGAUGUAGUUACAUUUGACACCACAUACUUGACUAACAAUUACGAUAUACCUUUCACUUUUUUUGUUGGGGUGAAUCAUCACGGACAAUCAAUAUUGCUUGGAUGUGGUUUGGUUUCGAAUGAGGAUGCAAUGACUUUUGUAUGGCUAUUUAAGACAUUGCUUGAGUGUAUGCAUGAUCAAGCUCCAAAUGGAAUAAUUACAGAUCAAGAUCGGGCUAUACAAAAUGCAAUUGAAAUCGUUUUUCCAAACACAAAGCAUAGAUGGUGCUUAUGGUAUAUUUUAAAGAAAUUACCAGAAAAAAUUGGCAACCACAAUCAUAAAGGUUCUAUUCUUUCUGCUGUACAUGGGUUGGUGUACGAUACACAAACUUGUGAGGAAUUUGAACAAGGUUGGAACAAAAUGCUUGAAGAUUAUAAAUUGCAAGAACAUGGUUGGUUGACUGGAUUAUACAAUGAGAGAAGUCGAUGGGUACCAUGCUUUUUGAAAACAUCAUUUUGGGCUGGUAUGUCAACUACUCAACGAAGUGAGAGCAUGAAUGCUUUUUUUGACGGUUAUGUUCAUUCAAAAACAUCCCUAAAGCAAUUUGUAGAGCAAUAUGAGCGCGCAUUGAGAAGUAAAGUUGAAAAGGAGUUUCAUGCUGAUUUCAAAUCAUUUUCACAAAUGGUCCCAUGUGUAACGAGGUACGAAAUGGAGAAGCAAUUCCAAUCAGUGUAUACAAUCUCGAAGUUCAAGGAGUUUCAAGAAGAAUUUACCGGAAAGGUUUAUUGUGAAGUGUUAUCUGCUCAAGAUUCAUACUUGCAUACCAUUUAUGAGGUACGUGAGGAUAUCAUCUUCAAUGGUGGUAUGAAGAAAAAAAUAUUUAAAGUGUUAUUUCGUAGGGAUGAAUGCGAAUUUGAGUGCAGUUGUCACUUAUUUGAGUUUAGAGGAAUUAUUUGCAAGCAUGCUAUAUCGGUUUUAAUUCGUAAUGAUGUGGCAUUACUUCCUGAGAAGUAUAUAUUGAAGAGAUGGAGGAGAGAUGUGAAUAGACCCUAUACGAGGGUUCCGAUCAAUUACGAUGGUUGGAUUAGUACUCCCGAGCAGGUUAGAUAUGACCAAUUGUGCCUUGCGUUUACCAAGUUAGCUGAUUUGGUAGCACAUGAUGAAGAACGAUGCCAGGGCAUUAUGGAUUGGAUCGAUCUCCAAACAAUAGACUUAUCUAAACGUCAAAAUCCAUGAAGUAGAGGUUUUUUAGGCUUCAAUCAUUGAUAAAUUUUCAGGUUUUUUUCUUGAAUCAUUCAAGAUAGAAAAGAUAUUCUAGGUGUUUGAAGUUCAAACCUCUGAUUAAUGUUAGAGCGCUUGGGUUCAAGUCAUUUUGAACUGACUCAAACGGGAGCGGUGAAGUUUUGAGUUAAAGUUUGUGGGGGGGGAAGUAUUGUUUUCUUUCUUGGAUAUAAAGAAGGAAAGAAAGAUUCUGUAAUGCCAGAGUUUGAGCUGUGUUCAAAUAGGAGCGGAUCAUUGCUCGGGCAGGGAGGCAACAAGGAUGAUCGGGAUUGGACUCAGCUUCAUAUUUGUGCUCGGAAAGGUGAUCUGGAGGAGGUAAAAUUUUGGCACCUCCGUGAGGUAUUCUACAUCUGUCUUUGAACUUCAUGUGUAAUACAACUUGUUUAGGUUCAGUUAGUGAUCUCUCUCUCUCUCUCUCUCUCUCUUUAUUAUUAUUAUUUUUUUCAUGACAGUAAUCUCAUUGUUCAGUGUAUAACUUUCUAUCAAGUAUAAAUAGGACUGUGAGAAAUCUUCACUUUUUAUGAUAUUAACAGGGGAAGAAUUAGAUGUCG